UGCAGGCUGUGGAGAGAAACUUCCUAUUAGUUUACGGUCUAGUCGACGAACACAGCGGUAAACUGAACACACGCUGGCUAGCCAUCUUCGCACGCUAAUAAGACUAUGCGUGUGGUGUCGUUAGGUUAAACUACCCAUUACUUGUACAACCUGUGCUAUCCAACUUAUCACAAAUAAUAUAAAAUUUUCUUUCUGCGGGGCAUGGUUAGCACACAGCCGUUUAGCUAAGUUAGCAGCUAGCAAAUGUGUUUUAUCACAAGGCCUCUGCCACAUGCUCGCUUGAGCAGAUUACAUUUUAACAUUUUAUGGGACUUUUCUGGUUUCAAACGUUCAAACAAAAUUAUUUAGAAGAAACUCCCACAGUAGCGUGAUGACAUUAGAAUGUCAAAGAGACAUUUUUAAAUAGUCUUCUAAAGAGUUUUAGUAAAGACGUUGUGGACAAACUAUGUACCCACCCGGCCGAUAGCUGUGCCUCAACGAAAAGAGGUUGCGCGAGGCGGAAGGGAAACUACAUCACAUCCUCUUCUAUUGUGACCUCCGUGAACUUUACUGCCACCUGCUGUUGAGAAACUGAAAAUAUGUGUUUAUACAUGUUCAUUUUGAUGAACUCGUUUGGCACUGCCUUGUUACUUGGUGUUUUGAAACACAUGGAUGUCUUUUUACUUUUUAUGGAAAUGCGUUGGAUAUGUCAAUUCGUCAUGAUUUAUAUGACGAUUGGAACUCGUUAAUAACCCUUGAGCAUUAGCUUUAUAUGCAGCAAAAUGUUGGUUGUCCCCACCACAUCUCACUCCAAGUUUUUUUGAAAAGUUGGCAGCCCUGAUAAAGUCUAAAAUGUACUAUUUUUUUCAGGGAUCAUAGUACAAUUUAGAUAGCUGCAUGAUUGCCAUAUGUUUACUAAGUCAUUACUCUGUAGUCAUUGCUGGUCAACAACAUGCAAUGUGAGAUAAUGUGGGUUAUAUAUUGUAAGGUUAUCCACGGAAAUAGUAAAUUAUGCAUGAUGGACACUUGACACCUGGAAGGAAGCCCACUCCAACUAUUCAGGCUUCGCAUACCAUGGAAUGGGUAAAUAACUUUAAUUUCCUUCCUAGCAAAUUUAGCUGGCUAGUAACUUCUUUCUUCAUGACCACAUACAAUUAAACUUGCAUGGAUAAUAUCAAAAUACUUUUACUUAGUCUUAAAAUUGUCUAUGUCUGUCUAACUUCUGUUAUGUGAAAGUCAAUUUGGGGGUGAUAUUGAUUUAUCAGGGGCUAUAAUAGAAUAUUGACUUUCUUUUCAAAUAGAGGAUUAUGACGUCAUUGUUAUUCACAGUCCAUCAAUGUUUCCAUGGUGUGGCACAACAGUGCAUUCUUUUUCCAAGGAGAUGGAUGAACAUGACAGGAGAGUAACAUUCGUGUAAGCUAAGACAGCCAAGAUCUAUGUGGUGUUAUUCUUAAAAGUGAUAUUCAAUGGCUACUGCUGUAAGUUCCCUGAUCCAGGCUCCCCUGACGGGUAAGGACUUCCACAAGUCCUCACACAUUCCCUUUAAAGACUAUGGCAACUAUGGACCACACCCAACAUUCAAGACAACCGUUCAGGAGGACUUCCAUUCCUUUGCCACACUUCCCAAGAGAUGUGCAAUACCGCGUCCCCCCCCAGCCCAGGUUGAACACAAGGACUUGGCACAGAUCAGGGAGUAUGUAACCGAGGCAGUCGCUUCCUAUCCACACUACCCUCGGAGAGCUCUGAGUCGCACCCUUGCUUGGGCGAAGCUCUGCACCAACUUUAAGAUGCACUCGGACCCCAAGCAAGUGAAUUACCUGACCACCCAGGCAGAUGGCUUCAAGCCCCAGUUGUCAACGACCCUCAUGAGAAUUACUCGGCCAGUCAUGACCAUGACAAAGACCCAACUCAAGGAGAAGCUUCCGGACACCACGCAUAAAGCCACCUUUCCCCCACACAAUGUUUCAGCCAUUGUCAAAGCCCCAGUUAAACAUCUAGGGGGAGAGCCCACUAUCAAAGGAGAUCUGAGUGUUCACCAUUUUAACACUCAUCACAAUGAGGAAUUCCAAGGAAAGUGGUAUAAUCCACCUCAACCUGUAGAGAAGCCCAUUUCUUCCUCAGUUGCCAUGGGAGAUCCAAAAAAGACAUUUAUGAGAGAAACGACUCACGACGAGUCCUUCAAACACCCUGGUGUUCCUAGCCCAGUGAGCAUAACAAAACGUCUUCAAAUCAAUCUUGGGGAUUACUCUGAGAACACAUGGACAUCUACAAUGUCGGAUGCAUUUCAAAGUGCAAAGUCAGACCUCUUUUGCUUGAUGCAGGGGAACAAGAACCAGAGCUCUUUUCCCAGGGGAGACACUGAUGUGGGACGGAAUCGUGAGAGUAUGACGGCCACCACUAAUGGCUUCUUUUUCACUGAGCACAACCAUAGAGAACGAAUACCCCAUGUCAGUGGGGCCAACUUGAGGACCAAAAGCAACAUAGAACUGGGAAGACCCAGUCUGGGACGCCUGUUCUACACCACAACGACCCAUGAUCACUACCCCAGAAGGGGCCUUAACCGGGUCAGACCACACACACACCCUUCUGGCCAAGUGUUGGCUCGCCAUGAGCCUGGGCCAGCCUUGACAACCGUUCAGAGGGACUUCCUCCCACAAAACGGCAGGAGACAGGAGCUUGACCCAAGACAACUUCAGCAGAUCAAAGAGAGCCACAUCAUUGCACCCUACAAUCAACAACACUUCAGUACGACCCAUAAAGAGGAGUUUGGGCCCAAAUCUCGCUCCAAAACUUGCCUAGACAACCAUCCAAGACACAGCUCUUUGUAAUGAUUUGUCAGAACUACCUUAGAGACUUGUUUUUAUUUGGAUGAAGAUUUUAUCAUAGAGUAGAAAGGCAAAAAAACAAUACAUAAAUCCUAUAAUCCAUGCAGUGUUUUGUUUAUUUUCUAUGGGUACUUUUGAGCAUUUUAAAAUACUUAAGUUGCAUUUUACUUGCUCAAUACAUGGCAUGUUGUGAUGCUCUUUAUUUGUUCCUGGAAGUAACUGGAUGUAUUUCAAGUAUUUAUAAAUACAUUGAACCCAUAUGAAUUGACUUGAUUCUGUGCUUUACAAGUUUUUAUAAAGGCUGUGAAAGGCUUUAUAUUUUUUAUAGAAAAAUGUUCUGUGUUUGUAGUAUAAACUAGAUAAAUUGGGUUCGAGUCUGUUUAGUCAUUACAAGUUUAGAUUUAGGAUGUUGACUUCAGUGUGGUUAAUAAUAAGCUGUGCUAAAAAGAUAAUCUAGAAAUAACAACAUAACCUUGAACUUGUGUGGCAAACUUCUUUUACUGUGGAAAUCGGGAGCUAGAAAGCAGACACAAACAACAUGAGGUCACCAACCUGGAUGUUCCAAUGUUCUGUGAUUGUGAGGUGAAAUGUGCGCUCGUCCAAAUUCAGGAAUUCCUCAGUUAGUUUAUUCAGUAGGCUAAUUAACCAUUUAUUUACAUCAGUACUUUAUUUUUAACUACACAAAUAUGGAUUAUGUCACAUCGAUAUGCUCAACAUUUGGAAUGUUAUCCAUUUGACUAUAAUCUCGAAUUCAUUCGAUGCACAUUGCAUGCUUCAGAAAAAUAAAGGUUUAAUAAAUUGA